AGAGCCGGUAUUGUCUAUUGCUUUGUCCUUUCAGGGACUUUUUAUAGGGGGUUGUUCCUGGUGGCCUUGGUGCUUUGUCUAUAACUGAUGAGCCUCUUCACUCAGCCCAUGGGCCUCCUCCCUUGAAGUGAAACAAGGAGGCACGAGAGAGAGAGAGGGAGGGCAGCUCACCUCACCAUGGUGCUGCCGCCGCCUGACAAGCGCCACGUGUGUCUGACCACCAUUGUCAUCAUGACCAGCAUGGCCUUCAUGGAUGCCUACCUGGUGGAGCAGAACCAAGGGCCACGGAAGAUUGGCGUCUGCAUCAUUGUCUUGGUGGGAGACAUCUGCUUCCUCAUCGUGCUGCGCUAUGUGGCAGUAUGGGUGGGGGCUGAGGUGAAAACAGCCAAGCGGGGCUACGCCAUGAUCCUGUGGUUUCUCUACAUCUUCGUGCUGGAGAUUAAGCUGUAUUUUAUAUUUCAGAAUUACAAAGCAGACAAGAAGAAUCUGGAGACAGUGGCCAGGAAGGCUUUGACCUUGCUCCUGUCCAUCUGUGUGCCAGGGCUCUACCUGGUGCUGGUGGCCUUAGACAGCAUGGAGUACAUACGAACCUUCAGGAAGAAGGAGGAUCUGCGGGGACGCCUCUUCUGGGUGGCCCUGGAUCUGCUGGAUAUAUUAGAUAUUCAGGCCAACCUAUGGGAGCCACAUAAGACUGGGCUUCCCAUCUGGGCAGAAGGGCUCAUGUUCUUCUAUUGUUACAUACUGCUCUUGAUCCUGCCUUGUGUCUCUCUUAGUGAGAUUAGCAUGCAAGGGGAGCACAUUGCUCCACAGAAAAUGAUGCUCUACCCUGUGCUGAGCCUGGUCACCAUCAACAUUGUCACCAUAUUCAUCCGGGCCAUUAACAUGGUCUUGUUCCAGGACAGCAGGGUCUCCACUAUCUUUAUUGGCAAGAACAUCAUUGCUAUAGCCACCAAGGCAUGCACUUUCUUAGAGUAUAAGAAACAGGUGAAAGAAUUCCCCCAGAAUGCUAUUGCCCUAGAGCUCCAGCAGAACUCAAUCUCUCACAAUCAGACUAUCCACAGUACACAGGGAAUUUCUCAUGAGCAGUCACCCACUAGGGAAAUUCUAGAUACAUGACGGAUCACCUCUGGACAUCAGCAUUAGCUUGAAUUGCAUUGAGGAGUGUAGGGAGGUGAGAAGCUGCUCUCCCAUUGUAUGGGGCAUGCGUGAUGGACAAGUCCCAGCAAGGAGAGCUCUCCCAGGCACAAAACACUUACCAUGUUUUAAUCAAACUAUGGAGUGUUUCCUAGACCUCUUCAUCUCAGGUAUAGCCCUAGGAAUUCUCCAGAAUAACCAAAUGAACUUGCAAAGGACCUGAACCAGCUACGCCCUCUGUUUUCCUUCCACCCACUCCUCCCCUGCCCAACCAAGUAACCUGAUAAUGAGAUUUCUCUCUUUGUUCCUUAAGACUCUCACCUUUGCUCCAAGUCUGGAAUGAAGAUAUUGUUACCAGAGUCCUUUGUAUGGAAUGGGAAUGGGCGGGAGGGGCGUUUGCACCAGUUAAUCCUGUGAUUAUAGAUGUGUCUUAUUUCAAAAGGUUGUGUUUACUGUUCCCUAUUUAUAACUCUUCUUUGAUCCUUUCUGAGAAUCCCCAUUGUUGGGUCUGGUUUCUUUUGAUUUGUAAUCCACUGGAACAGCUCCCUUUGCUAUUUGUCCCAGCAGGAACAACACAAAAAGUAGCACCCAACACAAUAAACAGCUAUGUCUCUCCUCUCAUUCUCCUGCUACUCGGCUCAGGCUGCUGGUUGGGAAGCAGGGAUAUCCAUCUCUGCUAGUGCACUAAGCCAACUCAGCGGGGAGCAGUAUUUGACAAGCUAAUGUUAAUCUAAUGCUGGUGUUUUAUGUAUCUUGUUCACUUCAAAUGACUCAGCACAAUAUUUCUAUUUUUAGAAGGA